AUGUCGGCUGCAACAGACGACCGGAAAAAUGUCGUGUUGUGCUAUGGGAUGCCAGAAUCGGAAAUCUGUAAACAGAGGUCUUAUGUUUUACCGAAUACCAUCAACUCGCACACCUUUUAAUGCAAACCGCAGAAAACUUUGGUUACAAGCCCUCGGAAGAGCCGAUUGGAACGACGAUCAAAUGAAAAAUGCCCGGCUCUGCAGUUCACACUUCAUAUCAGGAGAGGUAUCUAUGGACUUCAAUAGUCCCGACUUUGCCCCUUCUGUCUUUUCUUACUCAACCCAGUGUGAAAUAAAUGAAGGCGAUCCCAAACUGGAGAGAUCUAAGAGGAAAAGAAAAAAGGAAGAAACCACCCACAGACCACCAGAUGAUGUACAACAGUCCAAAGAAGUUAGUGAUGAGGUUGCAUCAGAAUCAGGAGCUUACCGGUCCUCAGAUGACUGCAGAAUUGAGCCUGGUGUUGGUCCUUGCACUGUGUUAGCGGACCCAACGUUGCACCAGUUCAUGCCACCAAGAGUAAGGAAGCGCAAGAAGAAAUCGAAAGAAAGAUCGAACUUUUCUUUCCUUUUCCUUGGAGGGAAAAAGCCACAGAAGAAAGUACAGAUAAAUGUUGGAGUCAUGACAAUGCAUAACGGGAUGUUUACGCCAGUACGUGGGAAAACCGUUGUAUUGCCCACACAUACGGAAAUCACAGGACCACAACUCCUCACGCAAGCUGUGAAACAAAUACAGGAUUUCAACAAAGACGUGGAUGAAGGGCCGUACGUCCUUCUAUAUCCAGACGGAUCACAAGUCAUUACUCUCCCAGGGAACAAAAACCUUUUAUAUUAAAGGAAUAUAAAGAAGAAAUAGGCAAGCCCUAUCAACGUCUUAACUUUUUUAUAUGUUAUGAAAAAGAAUUUAAAGAUCAUGAAUACCUCUCAGAUGAUUCAGAAUCUGACAAUGAGGUUGUCAUUAGAAGAAGUAAUUCUGCUGAGUUGGAUCAUACUGACACGUUGGAACAUACAAACCAGGAAAUGGAGGAACACUCGGAGAAAGGUCCAUUGAACAAGUUGGACAAAACGGUGAGUUCAGACACGUCGAGCCCAGAACUUUCUCAACAGACCGUGCCCAGUCUAGAUGCCACAGCAACAGUCAGUGCAAUGGCGGAAUCGGCAUUAGAAACAGACAUUGCUGAUCGAUCACAGCCUGAAGAAGAAACAGCCAGAACACUAUUAGUCCAGGGUGGAGGUGAAUCAAGCAGCACAGUCACCCCACAAGCUGCAGACGAAACUGCUACCAUGGUUGUUUCGCAGACUUCCAGUGUUUCAGGCAGUGCAGUGGCCUCUCAGGCUGCAGGGGAGGCACCUUGCUCAGCCGACAGGACACCCCUGGACGCUCCCUCUCCUAUGGAGACCCAAGAGGACGCUCUGGAUGAGAUGGAGGUGAACACCAUCAAGGUGGAGGACGAAAAUCUGGCUGAGGUGAAUGAUGAGCAGAAAGAAGAUGGAGAGGAGGAGUUGGAGACGCAUGAGAAGAUGAAUGAAGAGGAUAUGAAGGGCAUGCCAGUAGUGAGCUCAGUCAUAAAGGGGAGUGUAGAUUGCCUCAGUUUUUGCUCUCUGGAUAUGGGGGUUGACAUGAUUGGGGGGAUGGACACAGGGACUGAUGAAAUCACGGACCAAGACGAAGAGCAGGAGGAUUGUAAAAAGAAGAUCAUAGUGGAAGAAGACAGCAGUGAUUCCAUGCCCUCAAAUGUGAAUUCAGACUGCACAAGCGCUCUGGAGAACAAAGUUAAACUGGGACUAAGCAAACAAAUUGAGAAGGUCAAGGUAAAGGAUGAGCCUGUAGACGAGGAGUACGACGAGGCCCUUGUGCCCUACUCCACCUCAGGACAAGUCAAGGAUGAACCCGAGACUGUGGAGGACAAUCUGAAAAUCAGUGCCGUCUUCUCAGUGGGAGGGGCCACCUCGCCCAGUGUGACCAUGGCAAGCCCCGUGCUGGUGCCCACUCCCCCCAAGACAACACUUCCCUGUGCCCUGCCCCUUUUCCACCCUGCCACACGCAUGGCCUGUACAGCUUGUAAGAUGGCCCUUCUGAAGGGCCAGACAGCCUACCAAAAGAAGGGUUCCUCUUCUCUCUUUUGCUCCACUGCCUGCCUCACCAGACCCUUCCCUGCUUCCCAGAUCUUGCCCCCUGACAAGACCAUCUGCCACUACUGCUUCAACCAUAUAACCAAUCUGAGGACUAUGAUCAAGGCUCCUGUGGACACGGCAGGAACAAGGAAGGCCUUCUGCAGCAACACCUGCCUCUCCUCCUUUGACUUUAAGAGGAAAACUGCUGGACUAACCCUCUCCUCCUCCUCCACCCCAACUCUCACCACUACCGUUGCAAAAAUCGUUGAAAAGUGCAGCUAUUGUAAAAUCCCCCGCAUUACGCAACACGAAGUGACAGUCCAGGGAGUUGUAUACAAGCUGUGUGGGGACAGCUGUUUCAAGAGUUUCCGCACCUCCAAACAGCUGUGCAUGACCACCUGUAUGAACUGUGGAGCCUACUGCCAGGACAAGAGCCCUCAGAUGAAGGUGGACAAGAUCAUCAAUAGCUUCUGCAAGGCUGCCUGCAAGGCCACAUACAAACAGAAUUGCAAGACCCCUACCCCUUGCACCAUGUGUCAUACGUCCAAGCCGCUGACAGAAAUGGCAGAGUCCACUGACCUGGAAGGCAAGACAGACCUCUUCUGCAACAGCAGCUGUCUGACCGCACACAAGAUCAAGAGUGUCAGCUCCUCAGGUGGGCUGGCGGAGUGCGACUAUUGCAAAAAGAAGGCAGUGCCAACCUUCCACCUGGCCAUGUCUGACUCCUCCAUCAGGAACUUCUGCACCCUGACCUGCGUCCUCACUUUCCAGGAGCAGUUUAACAAGAGCAAUGAGCAGAACCCGGUGAAUGUGGUACAAAAGCCCACCCCACCUCCUGCACCCCCUGUCCAAUCACAGAGCAGCCAGACGGCGCCCGCCACACCACAGGGACCUGUCAAGCUAACGUGCUUCCAGUGUGACCGCUUGGUCACUACUAAGCCUGAGAUCCUUCAAUUCAAGGACAAGUUAAUGUUCCUAUGUAGCCCUGCGUGUUCUGAGGAGUGCAAGAAGACCAACGUUGUGAUGGACCGCUGUGUGUACUGCAAGAUUGAGAAGGUUGUUUAUCAAGUCAGGAGGAUCAACUCCAAGGACUCUUCUUUCUGCAGUGAAGGCUGUAAGCUGCUGUAUAACCUGGACCUGGAAAAGCUUCGGGGGCAGUACUGCCGUGUGUGCUCCUUCUGUGCCUCCACCUCCCAGAAGCUGGUUAAAGGACAGUUUGGAGGCAAGAACGAGGACUUCUGCUCUGAGCCGUGCAGGUCCAAGUUCACCAUGCUCUUCUGCCAAGUGGCAAAGUGUGACCAGUGCGGGCGCCAGGGGAAGCUGACGGAGACACUGCACAUGCUGGGCGAGGUCAAACAUUUCUGUGACGUCCAGUGUGUGCUUCAGUUUUGCUUCCAGAAGAACCUUAGCCAGAACCAAACCAGAGUUCCUGUCUCCAUUGCUCCUAUAGUAGGCACCACAGUGGCUAGCAGGUCCACUCCCAUCAUCGCUAAUGUGGUCUCGCUCGCUAGCGCACCCACGAAGCAGCCCACAACCACAGCCAGCAUUGCCUUACAAGGAGCUGUUCCUGGUUCUUUCAUGAAGAUCAUAGGAAAUGCCAGCACGCAGACAGACAUGGCUCGUGCCCCCCCUGCCCCGCCCCCCAGGAUUCUGAAGAACAAGGCUCUGCUCUGCAAGCCCAUGGUCCAGAACAAGGGAAUUAUGUGUAAACCCCAAAUGGUCAACUCUGAGUCCCAGACAGAUGAGAGGUUCCCCAAGGUGAUUGUGCUGCCCAUCCCAGUGCCAGUGUACGUGCCCAUCCCUAUGAACCUAUAUGCCCAGUACGCCCCCAAUCCUGUGGGGUUCCCUAUACCGGUGCCCGUGCCCAUGUUCCUGCCGGUUACCCUUGACAACGCGGAGAGCAUCGUGAAGACCAUCCUGGAGAUCAAGGAGAAGAUCCCCUCCAACCCGUUUGAGGCCGACAUCCUCCUGAUGGCUGAGAUGGUGGCUGAGGACGGAGAGGAGGACAGGCCGGGGCCGGGGCCGAGGCAGACCCCUGCACCCAUACAAGAUGACCGGGUGAGUAACUACAGUGAGGACCUGGACACCGACGAUAUUGCCACCUUCCUCAACAACUGGCAGGAUGAGUGUGGUCCCAGCGGGCCCCCCUCCAAUCUGCCCUUUGCCCGAGAGACGCUUCCAUCAACAGUGGACAUCCCUGUCGACCAACCAGAUCCCCCGGCCCAACCACCUGUCCUGGACAUCGAAUCUGACUUCCCCAUUGAAACCCUGGAGUUGAUGGCCCACUGGAGGCAGCAGGCCCAGCGGCCCCCCAGCCCUCCAGCCCCCCGCUCCCCACCACGUCAAAGACCCCGCAGGAAAGUUCAGCUGAAGAAAAAGAAGGGUCAUGAAACACAGGCGUCCGCUGCAUCACUGAGCAGGGUGCAGGAGGAGGUGGGGGUCACGGAGCCCCCCAAGCUGCAGAUUAUGUACGGGGUGGACGCCUGGAAGAGAUGGGUGCAAUGGAGGAACUCUAGGCCAGACGUGGAGCCCGCCCCUCGGUUUGGCUCUCGGCCCAUGGUCCUGAAGGAGGACGUGCUCAAGUGCACCACGGCCGAACUGGGCUUCGGCCUCUGUCGCUUCAUCAGUGAGGUGCAGCGCCCCGACGGACAGCGCUACUCCCCAGACAGCCUGUUCUACCUGUGCCUGUGUCUGCAGCAGCACCUGUUUGAAAAUUCCCGCAUGGAGAACAUCUUCACUGAUCUGUUCUACAGCAAGUUCACCAUGGAGAUCACAAAGUUGCUGAAGGACUUUGAACCCACCAUCACAGACAGUGGCUACAUCCACUCUAGGGUGGAGGAGGAGUACCUGUGGGGCUGUAAGCAGCUGGGGGCCUACUCCCCCAUCGUGCUGCUCAACACCCUCCUCUUCUUCUGCACCAAGUACUUCCACUUCCGCACGCCUGCCCAGCAUCACCAGCUCUCCUUUGGCCACGUCAUGCGCUGCACGCGCUCCAGCUUCGAUGGCUCCAAAACCAACUUCUUGCGUUUCUAUCCGCCCCUCUCCUUCAAGGAUCCGCCUGCUGAAGCAGAAGGAGUGACAGCAAAGAGGAAGAGGGAGGAGCAGGAGAAGAUGCUGGAGAUGGUCGAGAACGAUGACAACCCUCUCCGCUGUCCUGUACGACUCUACGACUUCUACCUGUCAAAGUGUUCAGAGUCAGUAAAGCAGAGGACCAACGUGUUCUACCUCCACCCAGAACGCUCUUGCGUUCCCAACAGCCCCCUGUGGUUCUCCUCGACGCCCCUCGACGACACCACCAUGGAAACCAUGCUCACGCGCAUCCUCACAGUCCGAGAGAUGCAUCUGAGGCCGGAGGAGGGAGGAGAAGGAGAUAAGAUGGAGGACGAGCUGUCCUCCCCUCCAGCUUUGGGGGGUGAUGAUGACGAAGACUCAGACUGAGCACUGUGAUCUGAGAGGACAGCAUGACUGAUCAGCUGCUCUCUCACACACACACCUUGUUUACAUGCAAAUACACACAAAUACUGUCCAUGCUGUUCAGGUAGGACUGGAUGGUCGACGGCCGGGAUCCACAUGUCAAGGUUUUGAAGCAGAGGGGUGUAUGUGUGUGUACCACCCAGUAUGACGCUGUUGCGUAGCUAGGAUAUGGAGAGAGUCUUCAGCUCUCGAUUUCCAUGCUGCAAUUGGAGGAUCAGAGUGGUUUUGUCAGGGCCACGGAAAUAACACUAGUCUGAAGAACUAAGUAACCAUCAAAUAUGAUUCAAAGGAAUUGUCAUAAUGCUCAUAAUAUGAAGGUUCAAAAUCUUCAAAAGUGAUGCACUUCAUGUGAACUGUAGUUUAUGUAUUGUCAUUAUCCAAGAUGGUAUGUUGGCUGUACUUUGUAACAUAACUGAAUCCCUGACGUUUGACAUGUAUGCCCAUAUUAGGACAUUCAUCUUACAUUUAGACGUGGGAAUGCAAGUGUGUAUUCCUUGACAUUGUCGACACUUUGAUAGUUUUAUUAUCAAUGAGGAAAGUGAGACAUUUCUCUAUAAGCUUGAGGCCAUACCUGUGCUGUAUGAUUUAUAAGUUGUUUGACUGAUACAGGAACAAGUGUCAUUCAUAAUGGUCUCAACUCAUAGAAGGCUCCGGGUUGUGUUCGGUUGAAAACAUUAUUAUUACUCUUUUUUUUUUUAAAUAAAAACACCAAAACAGA